AUGGCAGAAGUUAUGAACGCCAAGAUUUCAAACACUUCUAAACAGUGUCUAUUAUAUCAAGUCAGCCAAGACCCCGGACUGCCUCGGCCGCGGCCGACGACAGCAUUCUGGCAGGUCCCGCCGCACCCAACACUGGCGGACAAGCAAUCUCACCAGCUCCCUGCGAGCACGGCUGUUGCAAUUAUCGGGUCCGGUAUCACAGGAUGCAGCGUGGCCAAGCAUCUUUUAGACCUGUCCGCUACUGACGGUGCCAUGACUGUGUCGGUAUUUGAGGCACGCACGCUGGUGAGCGGUGCUACGGGUCGCAAUGGAGGGCUGCUGACUUCGUUUGUACCAGAAGAGUUUGGCGAUUUAGUCGAGCACUAUGGCACGGAGGAGGCUGUCAAGAUAGCGCGGUUUGUAAAUCGGAACCUGGAAAAGGUGCACGAGCUGGCGAACGAGUCGCCGGAGCGCAAGGAAUAUAGCCAGGUGCGGCGCCUUCGAGACGUCGUCUGCUUCAGCAACCCUGAGGACUUUGCCCAAGCAAAAGAGUCGUGGGCCCUAUACGAGAAGCAUGUUCCAGAGGACAGGGGGAAGACGGAGUUUCUUUCUUCGGCAGACGCCGCGCAGAAAUACAAUGUCCGCGCGCCGGCAGGGGCUGUGACUUUUCCAAAUGGUGCUGGAUGGCCAUAUCGACUGAUAACAGAGGUGUGGUCUCAGCUAAAUGAAGAGUACCGGUCCCGACUGCGUAUCGAGACCAAGACGCCGGUCGAGAGCAUCACGUAUGACGCCUGUGACACGGCAUAUCCAUACAUCUUGCACACGCCAAGAGGAGACGUCAAGGCGACCAAGGUGAUACAUGCCGCAAAUGGGUACGCCGGCCACCUGCUGCCGUCUCUUCGCGGUGCGCUUUAUCCGCUCCGUGGAAGCAUGUCAGUGCAGAAAUCGACGCCGGAAUUUGGCCGGCACGGCGCCAACCUGACGUGGAGCAUGACAAACAGGAGAGUUUACGAGCCGGAAACUGAUGUUCUAGAGGCGGGUACGUAUUACGCGCACCAGAACGCGAUUACGGGCGACAUAUUCCUUGGGGGUGAAAAGACUAAGGCGAGUGCCUUCUUCGUCACCGACGACACCGAGAUGGACGUGAACUGCCGAGAGAACUUUGCAGCUCUUCUGCCGCGCUACUUCAUCCACGGCUGGUGUGAAAGUGACGGUGGUGGCGGAGGAAGAGCAAUGGACCCUGAGAUUUGCGCAAUGUGGACUGGCAUCAUGGGCUUCACGGGAGAUCGCCUGCCGCUGGUCGGGCCACUGGACGAGGGCGCGACGCGACGCGGCGGCGAGGGCGAGUGGAUCGUGGCUGGCUUCAACGGCUACGGCAUGUCGCUGUGUUGGGCGUGCGGCGAGGCAGUGGCCAAGAUGGUGUUGGGGAUGGACGUGUCCGAGUUUCUGCCAUCGGCGUUCCUUGCGACGAGGAAGCGGAUUGAACAGCCGGCGCGGCGAGGGCCGCUAGAGGCCGUUCUCGAUUUGCUGGAUGCGUAA